GGACUAUGAAGACCCUUUUGCAGAAGGCACGGCCAGAUCUCCGCAGAAGGUUCUAAUCUGGAACAUCAAGGAACUCAGAAACUCCUCCAAAAAGGAAGAAUAUGGCAAAUCCCCCGAGGGAUUCCGGUGCCCACGUGGUGAAGAUACAGCAGGUAUACUGGGCGAGAGACGCGGCUGAAGAUGGUAUGGUCCAGCAUGGCGCUACCUGUGUGGCUAAAGUGGAAGAGCAAGUCGAGUAUCACGACACGGACACGUAUGACCUCGCCAGCCACGGUGCGUGGCUGAGUAAGAUCGGGGGAGAUUGGAGGCUGAUUGUGGAGCAGAGCGGGCAGCAGAAGACACCUUUUACUGACCAAACCAACCGGAACCGCCCUCUCAGCGGGAAUUGGGAAAUUAACGGAAAAUCAGGGAAAAAAGUAGAUUUGAUGGAAAGAAAACAACCGAGACGGGACCUCGAGACGCAACGCAGCCAAGGAACUUCCAAGACAGACGGCAGCAACGUCUCGGCAGGUGGAGACAUCAAGGCGAGAAACUCGCUGACCUGCUACGAGCUGCUGGACGAAAGGGAGAUCGUUGAGUAUCUGUCGAGGGUUUUAGGUCACGACGGAGAGUUUAACGUAACGACGGUGAGGGACUUUUUAGAAACUGCCGGAAUCCGGCAUUACGAAGGUUUCCUCGACACGAGGCAGGUGACCUACAAGCUGGGGGACCUGUACACCAUCGUCUUAACCACCGACCCGGCUACCUCCAGAAAGGUGGCGACGGUGUCUCUGGAAGUCGAAAUCGAGAAGGUUACGGAAGGGUUUCAAAGACUGGAACGGCUGGCAAGCGAUCUUAAUCUUCAACUAAAAAACAAGUGAUUUAUCCCUAAAAA